AUGUCAAUAAAAGAUUGUAAUACAGAUAAAAAAAAUGCUUCAUUUCGUUCAUUACAUGUUAGUGAUUGGAUAUUACUUACUGUAUUAAUGUUGAGUAAUGCCUCAGCUCCAAUGGCUUUUAGUUGUAUUGCACCAUUUUAUAAUCAUGUAGCUUUUGAUAAAGGAAUGUCAUUAAAUGAAAGUGGUAUUGUUUUUGGAGUAUUUAAUUUAUUAAGUUGUAUUGCAUCACCUUUUAUUGGUAAAUUUAUUCCUAUAUUUGGAACAAAAAAAUUAUUUUCAUUUGGUUUAUUAUUCUCUACAAUAGGAACAUUUGCAUUUGCUUUUACAAUUGAAAUCAAUGAUUCUGAUAUAUUUUUUUAUACAUCUGUUCUUUUACGUCUACUUCAAUCACUUGGAAAUGCAAUGUAUUUUACAUGUACUUUUGCUAUAGUAACAAAAAAAUUUCCUGAAUUAUCAUCAUCAAUGCUUGGAUUAACAGAAACAUGUGCAGGAAUUGGUUUUACAUUAGGUCCAUUAUUUGGUGGAAUAUUAUAUGAUGUUGGUGGAUAUAAAUUACCAUUUUUUAUUAUUGGAUUAUUAUUAGCAUGUAAUGUUAUUGUAUCAUAUUUUUAUAUAAUAGAUGAAGAUACAGGUGAAUGUGAAGAAAAUACUUCAUUUGGAUUUAAAGAAUUAUUUAGUAUUAGAGAUAUAUGGUUUAUGUUUAUAUCAGUAUUUUUAGUUGGUGUAUUAUUAGCUGUUCAUGAUCCAACACUUCCUGUUGCAGUUGAAAGUUUUAAUUAUACACAUUCACAAAUAGGUUUAAUAUUUCUUAUUAUUGGUGGAUCAUAUUCAUGUUUUGCACCACUACUUGGAACACUUAUUGAUAAAUAUAUGUUAACAAAUUAUUUAUUAAUUAUUGGAAAUAUAGGAUUAAUUAUAUCAUGUAUUAUACUUGCACCAGCACCAUUUUUACCAUUUGAAUUAAAUAUAUAUUCCAUAUCAAUAUCAUUAUUUUUACAAGGUGUUUCAGCUGCAGCAUUAUUUGUACCAUGUUUUAAACAAUGUAUAUAUAUUGUUGUUAAAGAACAUAACUAUCCAGAUGAUAUGAAUACAAGUGGUGUUGUAUCAGGAACAUUUGCCGGUUCAUUUUAUCUUGGAGCAUUUCUAGGACCAACAAUUGGAGCAUUCUUAGUUGAAACAUUUGGUUACUCAACAGCAAUAAUGAUAUUUGGAACAUUUAGUACUAUAUAUUAUAUACUAUUUAUUAUUUUAUAUCUAAUUCCACGAUAUAUAAAAAGCAAACAAACUGGGCAGGUUAAUAUUUCUGAAUAUGAGAAAAAAAAUGAUGUCUCAAUAAAUAUAAAUGAUAUAAAAAAUAUUAAAUAA